AUGCCUGAUAUAACCGUGCUCAGUAUCUUUCAAGUGACCAUUCUUGUACUGGCAAGUCUAUUAUCAAUAAUCUAUCUAAUUCCGAUCAUACUGAUUCGUCGUUUUCAUACUAUCAAUAACGUUUUCACUGCCAAUCUCUCGAUUGCUGCAUUCUGCUGUAGCACAUAUUGGCUGAUUUACUUCGUUCUUUAUCUUUUCUACACGAAUGUUCUAUCCGGUAAUACAAUUUGUGCGAUUCUCGGCUACUUCGAAAUGAUGUGUACACUUCAAAUGCCACUGGCGAUCGUUGCAACAUCAAUUCAUCGUCUCCUUUCGAUUACUUAUUCGAAAAGAUCCACUUUAUCAACGAAACGACGGGCAAUAAUGUGCAUUAGUGGUCACUGGCUUGCCUGUAUCGUUCUUCCAUUGCCACGAAUCGCAUCAUUCAAUAAUCCGUAUUGUGACACACAAAAAUGGAUCAGUGUGUACACAUUCGUAAUGUAUGUUGUCGUUCCAUCCAUCAUCAGCCUGGUGAACAACAUUCUUAUUUUUCAGCAUGUUCGUUCUUCAUCAAAUCGCAUACAGACAGUGGAAAUCGGUGGGAGCCAAAAUCAACGUCAUAAAAUAAGUCGCCGUGAUUUACAUCUCCUUCGGCACAUGAUCAUUAUGUUCGUCAUUUUUGUUGGAGGUUGGACUCCACUGAAUCCUCCUUGUUGA